CGAGAAGAGAGGAGGGGAGGCCUCCUCCGCCGCCGCCAUCUUGGACCGGGCCCGUUCAGCUUCCGUGGAGCCGUCGGCAGCCGCCGCCGGGCCUUCCCUUGAGCCCCGAAUCCCCUACUCGGUCGUCUAGAACAACCCCGGGCCCACUUCCUCUAUCAACAACCCAACCCCACUUCCGGCUCUUGCGCCCUCUUAUCGCGAUAGCGCCCGGGCUUGGGGCGCGAGGAAAGAGGAAAAAAAAAAAAAAAAAAAAGGCGGCUGGCGGGCGCUCGCCUCCGUCUCCCCCUCCUCGCCUGUCGCGAUACGCUCCGCAGCGGCGGCGCCAGCUCCUGCGGGGGAAGCCUCUUUGGAAGAGAUGGAUCUGGUGGAGGAAAAGUCCCCAAGACCCGAGGGUGCAGCUCCCGUUCGUCCAUUUCCAAGAGAGUAUGAAGAGAGUUCGUCUGUAGGGCAGGGAAGAUGGCGGACAAGCGCAAACUCCAAGGUGAGAUUGAUCGCUGCCUCAAGAAGGUGUCCGAAGGUGUGGAGCAGUUUGAAGAUAUUUGGCAAAAGAUGUCCCAGCCCCAGCCGAGGAAGAAAGAGACUGGACCUUUUCUGCUAUGGCGAGUUCUGGGCAGCCACCCUCACAUUGACUGCUGAAUUCUUCAUCCCUCAGCUCCACAAUGCAGCCAACGCGAACCAGAAAGAAAAGUAUGAGGCUGACCUAAAGAAGGAGAUUAAGAAGCUACAACGGCUGAGGGACCAGAUCAAGACAUGGGUGGCAUCCAACGAGAUCAAGGACAAAAGGCAGCUUAUCGAAAACCGCAAGCUCAUUGAAACGCAAAUGGAACGGUUCAAAGUCGUGGAACGAGAGACCAAAACCAAAGCUUAUAGCAAGGAGGGCCUGGGUCUGGCUCAGAAGGUGGACCCUGCCCAGAAGGAGAAGGAAGAGGUUGGCCAGUGGCUCACGAACACCAUUGACACCCUAAAUAUGCAGGUGGACCAGUUUGAGAGUGAGGUGGAGUCACUGUCGGUACAGACACGCAAGAAGAAGGGCGACAAGGAUCAGAAGCAGGACCGGAUUGAGGGCUUGAAGCGGCACAUCGAGAAGCACCGCUACCAUGUGCGCAUGCUGGAGACCAUCCUGCGCAUGCUGGACAAUGACUCCAUCCUGGUCGACGCCAUCCGAAAGAUCAAGGAUGACGUGGAGUACUACGUUGACUCGUCCCAGGACCCCGACUUUGAAGAGAACGAAUUCCUCUAUGACGACCUGGACCUCGAGGACAUUCCACAGGCGCUGGUCGCCACCUCCCCCCCCAGCCACAGCCACAUGGAGGAUGAGAUCUUCAACCAGUCCAGCAGCACGCCCACCUCAACAACUUCCAGCUCUCCCAUCCCACCCAGCCCAGCUAACUGCACUACGGAAAACUCUGAAGAUGAUAAGAAGAGAGGCCGCUCGACAGAUAGUGAAGUCAGCCAGUCUCCAGCCAAAAACGGCUCCAAGCCUGUCCACAGCAACCAGCACCCCCAGUCCCCAGCUGUGCCGCCCACCUACUCCUCUGGCCCCCCACCUGCCACUUCUGCCUUGAGCUCCGCCCCUGGCAACAAUGGGGCCUCUACCCUAGCAGCACCUCCAAGUGCCCUGGGCCCCAAGGCCAGUCCGGCUCCCAGCCACAACUCGGGUACUCCUGCCCCCUAUGCCCAGGCUGUGGCCCCACCCAAUGCCAGCGGGCCCAGCGCUGCCCAGCCCCGGCCUCCCAGUGCCCAGCCGAGCGGCGGGGGAAGCGGUGGUGGCAGCGGAGGGAGCAGCAGCAGCAGCAGCAGUGGCACAGGCGCGGGGGCUGGCAAGCAGAACGGUGCCACCAGCUACAGUUCGGUUGUUGCAGACAGCCCUGCGGAGGUGGCUCUGAGCAGCAGUGGGGGCAGCAGUGCCAGCAGCCAAGCCCUGGGCCCCACUUCAGGCCCUCAUAACCCAGCUCCCAGCACCUCGAAGGAACCCAGUACGGCAGCCCCAGCGGGGGCUGGGAGUGUGGCUUCAGGCUCAGGGAACAACUCAGGGGGACCCAGCCUCUUGGUGCCACUGCCUGUGAAUCCUCCCAGUUCUCCGACACCCAGCUUCAGUGAGGCCAAGGCAGCUGGCCCCCUGCUCAAUGGUCCCCCGCAGUUCAGCACCACCCCGGAGAUAAAGGCCCCUGAACCUCUGAGCUCUCUGAAAUCCAUGGCAGAACGGGCAGCUAUCAGCUCUGGUAUUGAGGACCCUGUGCCAACGUUACACCUAACAGAGCGAGACAUCAUCCUGAGCAGCACAUCAGCACCCCCCACCUCAGCCCAGCCAGCCCUGCAGCUGUCAGAGGUGAACAUACCAUUGUCACUGGGCGUGUGUCCCCUGGGGCCGGUGUCCCUCACCAAGGAGCAGCUUUACCAGCAAGCCAUGGAAGAGGCCGCCUGGCACCACAUGCCCCACCCCUCUGACUCUGAGCGCAUUCGGCAGUACCUCCCCCGGAACCCUUGCCCGACACCCCCCUACCACCACCAGAUGCCACCCCCACACUCGGACACAGUGGAGUUCUACCAGCGCCUGUCAACUGAGACACUCUUCUUCAUCUUCUACUAUCUGGAGGGAACCAAGGCACAGUAUUUGGCAGCCAAGGCCCUAAAGAAGCAGUCCUGGCGAUUCCACACCAAGUACAUGAUGUGGUUCCAGAGGCACGAGGAGCCCAAGACCAUCACAGAUGAGUUUGAGCAGGGCACCUACAUCUACUUUGACUACGAGAAGUGGGGCCAGCGGAAGAAGGAAGGCUUCACCUUUGAGUACCGCUACCUGGAGGACCGGGACCUCCAGUGACACCGGCCCCCUCUACCUGACCCCUCCCCCGCAUGCUGAUCCCCCUGCCCAGGUGAGGGCCCUGCCCUGGAAGACUGGGGGAGGCCCAAGGCCAUGAGGCACCCUCCCCCCCAGGAAGCAGGGAAAGGGCAGGGAGGCUUUCUCCUCCUCUCUGCCCUACCCUGGGGGCCUGGGGGCGAGGGCUGCCCCUUCCUCCCCUCCCCAGUGAGGGACAUUUUUUGGUAAACCUAUUUUCAUUUUGGAAAAUAUUUAUGAAUAAAUAGUUUUAUAUGA